AUGUUUACAUCGCUGUACCAAGUUACCAAAUGUUGUGCCCAGAAAACAGUCCUGCAGCAUACAGCAAAGUCUCUCAACAGAGAAAUACGUACAAUUCCAGUACGUCUAAAGAGAACUUUUUCCUCCAGUGGCUGCCAUGGCCAUAACUCAGGGUUACUUAAUGAUGCUUUCCCAAGAUGCAAUAGAUCUCUUAAUAUUGAAGCUUUUCUGCUACGCUACGACAAGUCUAUGGUGCCGACCUCUCACCCUGUUUACGAAAUAGUUGCCAGGGUAACACGUCAGAUUAUAAAUGCUAAUUUAGAUAUUCCGUUGAUACGAGAUAUGGAUUGGACAAUAAAUAUCAUAAAUGAGCCAGAAAAGAAUGCUUUUGUAUUACCCAAUGGUCAGAUUUUUGUAUUUACUGGUAUAUUGAAAGCAGUUUUAAAUGAAGAUCAACUUGGUAUUGUGUUGGGACAUGAGAUUGCACAUGUACUACUUGGGCAUGCGGCCGAGCAAGUCAGUUUUGCUGAGUUUGUGGAUGGUUUAUCCAUAAUAUUACUGGCAGCAUUGUGGGCUUUUCUACCCAAUGAUGGUAUAGCACUGGUAGCCCAGUGGUUUAAAAGUAAGGUUAUUGAAAUAUUUCUUCAUAUGCCGUAUAACAGGCAUUUGGAAACUGAGGCGGAUGAAGUCGGAUUACAACUUGUAGCAAAGGGAUGUUUUGAUGUUCGAGAGAGCAGUGCAUUCUGGGAAUGCAUGGCAUUGGAGAGUGAAGCGACUGGAGCAGACCAAAUAGAGUUAUUAUCAACACAUCCUAGUCAUCAAAACCGAGCAGAUAACCUGUCGUACUUCAUACCAGAGGCAAUCAAUAUACGAGAACUAUGUAAGUGUCCUCCUCUUCCUCACAAAGAUCCCAGAGAAAUGGUGAGGAGACUCAAACAACAUCUCAAGAAAAUGAAAACUGAAGAUGAAGUAGUUUUACCAUCCGGUGUAACAGUUAAAGUUUAA